AUGUGCUUGUCAUUCCCACCACCACCCACCAGACAGAUUGCAAUGAGCUGCAGUGAGGGAAUGGAGGUGCCACGUCGCUUGUCAGCGACGUGGCAGCCGAACGAUGAAUGUCGUUCAUUCUUGUUGCAUGUUUUAGGAUGUGACAACAUUGUGAACCCAGACCUCAUCAAUCUUACAGAGGACAGCUGCAUCAAGGAUGAUCACUACAUGUUUAUUCGUCACCACAAGUAUAAUGUCCCCAUCAUUGUUUGUGAGAGUGUGGCUGAGUGUGGUUUGAAUGAGAAGCAUGGUGCCACACGUGAUGUGAUUUUCCUGAUGCACUCACCAACACGUGUCGACUGUCUCUAUCACUUGUCCCAAUUGCAAGUUCCGACAAGGACCCAUGCUGCACAUCUCAUUCCUGUCUUUGGUCACCAAUACCUUCCUCCUCAUUUCUCACACACCUGGUCCCUCGAUGUCUUUGAAGCCUUCUAUCGACCUGAUUACCUCCCAUUCCUCUCUCCCAACCUCAUGGCGCAUUUACGUUGUGAACAUCUCGCGCUCGUCAUCUUAUCUAGCCAAAUGGAAACCCACAAGCAAGCCAAGGCAACGGAAAAGGUUGUAUCCCCUACGGAAUCGGAUCGCACAAAAAAGCUUGUCAGAAACGGCGGGAAAACGAAAGGCGGAAUUGCUGGCGCUUGGUCGGCGCACGCUCGCAAAGGCCAUGGCGGCACCAACACAUCUUAUAUGCUAAUGGGAUAUUUCAUCAGAUCCUUUGAGACGAGAAACAAGUGGGGAAUCACACCAGAAUGUUGGACUGCUGGAUUUACCUGGUAUUUCUGCUCUCCAUAUCUCUCAGCUAAUUCUGAAAGUCCUGCUUUAACAGACGAUGGGUGGGCAAACUGGGAGAGUCGUGCCGCAUCACCCGAACCACCACCACUGCCUGCAUCUGAUAUGCUUGAUCAGGCCAGACCUGACUCAGCUCAUUGCGCUAUGCCAAUUGAAGAUGACAUCAAGACUGACUAUCAUCCACACAGCGGCCGCGCCACACGCAUUGAUCAUUUUAAUGAAUACGGAUUCGCAUCGGCUGAGGCUCCUAGGCCAAGACCGCUUGAUGAGCCGUGGCGUCCCUUCCGCUCUCGUGUUGAUUUUGAGUUUGCGGAAAUUGCUCUCAAGUCUCAUUUAAAUAAGAAGACGGUCAAUAAACUUAUUGAAAUCCUUCGUGCAUGCUCAUCUGGUGGUGCAAAAUUCACCCUCGACAGUCAUGAAGAAAUGCGGGAGAUUUUGCAAGGUGCAUCAAAUAAAUUAACACCUUUUGAAGAGAAGACAGUUGGCCAUUCUUACAAAGGGGUUGAGCAUAAUUAUCCUUUUUAUUAUCGCUCAUUGUGGGAUUGGGGAAUGGAUCUUGUUAAAAAUCCCCUUCUUGCAUCUUUGUUUGAGUGGGAUGCUCAGCGGUUAUUCAAGUUUGAUGGAAAGGAUUAUGUACGAUUCUUCCAUGAACCAUGGACAGGUGACAAAUUUUGGAAAGCACAAUCCUCACUUCCAGCUGGCGGAAAACCUCUCUGCUACAUCUUGUAUGCAGAUAAAACAAAGCUUUCAUCAUUUGGUAGCCAGAUGGGUUACCCUGUUAUCGCAAAAAUCGCUAAUUUACCAAGUGAAAUCAGCAAUGGUCAGGGUCUUGGUGGUGGUAGUGUUGUUGGCUGGCUUCCAAUAGUUGAAGAUGAUGAAGGUGAAAAAGGAAAGAAGGCAUAUGUUGAUUUCAAGCGGAAUCAAUUCGAGAAUAUUCAAAAGUUGGAUGCUGGGUUGAAUGUGGGGAUGAAGUUCAACGACAUCUAUUUCCAAUGGUUUUUAUUCUUUCUGCUGACUAUGAAGAGCACAUAUCCAUUACGAACAGCUCAAGACUCAGAAGCUGCUUAUAAUGAAGCAAAGAGUUUUCAGAGACGUGGAGAUGCAGAGUCAUUGAUGAAAGAUGUUGGGCUACGGUUUGUCAAGAAUGCAUUUUGGAGCAUUGAAAAUUCAGAUCCUCAUGCAGCUCUAUCCUGGGAUCGCAUGCACAGCUAUCCUGGAGGACUCGGUGGCAAACAUAUUCUCCCGCAGAUCCAACUAAUUCUCAAAGGGACACGUGAAGCAGCAAAGCAGGCAGAUGAUCAAAUUGCAAACCUUCCCCGUUGGAGAAAUCUCAACCACUUUGACCAUGUUACAUCAGUUACCUUUUCAGAUGCAAGAAAAUAUGAAGACAUUCUCAAAAUGGUUAUUUUUGCAACACACAACAUUAUCACCCAAUCUGAACAUCCUGGUGGAUAUCUUCUUUUGAAGGUACUCCGAAGCUAUAUUUCUCUUGAUAUGUAUGCAGCUCUGGAAGUUCACACCGCAGUAACCAUUGCUGCAGGUCGGAAAGAGCUCUUGCGUUUCUCCAAGGCUUUGAAGGCUUAUGAGCAGCAUAAUAACAAUGGGGACUCAGAGAAAAACUGGGAGUUUCCCAAGCGCCAUACACAUGCCCAUAUGUUCGAUGACAUUGUGGCCAAGGGUGUUACAAAGAAUUACAGUACAAAGCCAAGUGAACAGAUGCAUGGGGAAGCCAAAAAAGUAUAUGCACGUGUAACAAAUUUCAAGGAAGUUGAGGGCCAGAUCCUGCAGCACAAUCAUUGGACAGCUGUUGCAGACUAUAUACGUGCUCAGCUUGACAACCUUGAUGAAUAUCAUUGCCAAAUUGAUUCAGAACCCCAGGAUGAAGCUGAUGACCCAGGCGGCUUUAUCCAUCUUGGAGCAAAACAAAAGCAAAUGACAAUGGCCGAAGUUGAAGAAAAUUCAGACUCUGCAUUCAUCAACUUUCGAAUCAAGUUUGCUAAAUUUAUCAACAAUUUCCUUGUUGCCCAUAAUCUUCCUCAUCCGCAAAACAAAGCCCUUACCAUCAGAAAAACCGAUUUGUUGACUGAAUAUCGAUAUCUCAAAAUCAAGUACGAGUCAAAAAUAACCUGGCGUUUAGUGGAGGAUUACCUUCGCUGCACACCCAACUUUGGAAAAGAUCAACAGCCAAGACAUGAUUGUGUUAUUGUGUGCACACAAAACAAUCCAAUAUUUGCUUGUCUGGUUUUUGCAUUCUCUUUCCAAGUUGAAGAUCAACAACAUUUGUUUGCACUUAUCCAUGCAUAUGAUGCCCCGACUGGCAUGCUUCGGAGGAAAGACAAGGAUCUUGGCCUCAUUAGAGUUUGUGCAAGACCUCGAAAAGAUGUGGAAUUUAUUCCUGUACAAUCAAUCAUCCGAGGGGCCUUCAUUGUCCCAACGUUCGAGAGUGUUGACGAGCAUCACAUUGUUGACAUUGUUGAUGUGGACAUCCAUGAUUACUCAAAAUAUAUUCGUAUUCUUGCCGGUGUUCAAUUGCUUAAAGAUGUUCAGGGAGUAUUGGCAUUUUCAGGGAUGAGUGAGAUUGCAAGCACUGUGCAUUAUUAUGGUUUUUACAUGUGGAUGCUUUGUGUAAUAAAAACACCAAGAGCAAAGGCCAGAGUUCUUCGUGGAAUUCCAAUCAUGCCGCGUCACUUUCAACCUCCCAGCGGCCUUGACACCAUUUACAGUGACGAAGGCGAAGAGUUUGCCGGGUUCGAUGACGUCACGGGAACCACCUCAAAUGAUGACGACGUUGAUGGAGCAACUGCCGCCGCUGAGGUUCCAGCAGUCGGGGAACAUCCAACCUACAAGGACUACGAGGAUGCUUUGAAGGCUGCACAGCUUCAAUUGGGGAGCCUUGCAAAGCUUGUCAAAGAGCAGGCUGCGACCAUUGCUGCGCUCAAGGCCCAGCAACCUAAACGUAGCAGGAAGCAACCCAGUGGACAAAGCGACCUUCCCAAAAGCAUCGAGGACCGCCGUGAAAUGAUCAGCCAUCUCGGACGUCGAUUCGUGCUCAUGAAUAACCCCUUCUUCCCAAUGAAGUUGGAAGGCCACCUCGUGGCAUCGACACGGCCAAAUGUAGUGUCAAGCGAUUCCGAACGCUACCGAUCUGAUGCCACAAUGCACACAUGUCUUGUAGCAGAGGUGUAUGAGGUUGUUCCCUCUGACCUGCAUGCUGCUAUGCAGGAGUAUCGCCAGUUUGAGCACAUUUUCACGAAAGCAGGCAAGAGCUUUUUACGCACUGUGAUGUCCGAUCUACGGUCAAAAAUUCUCCCCGUCAUCUUUGGCUCAAUCCCACAAAUUGCAUCCCGCCUCAAAGCUGACUUUGAUCGCUCGGAAAUCGAAGAAUUCAAUGCACUGUUGAAGCCAGGGUCAGAGCUUGCACGCAAGAAGUAUACGAAGUACGCGCUGAUUCUAUUCCCCAACCGUCAAACCAAUAUGACAAUUUCCCCCGACGUGGAGUUCGAUGCUGCAGGGAAAGGUGCUCGUUCGGGCAUUGACUAUCAAAAAGACUUCAAUUCGUAUCGCGAGUUCAUUCAGGCAAAGGCAGGCACACCAUACCACAAGGCGUUACUCAAGUUCUACAACGACAUCAUCUUCAAGACACAAACGAACAAUAACACAGUGGCUCCGAACGACAACAACGACAGCAGCGGUCUCGAGGAAGCAUUCACCAGGCUUGCACUCACCCCAAGCACCAGCACCCCGGGACAAGCCAGCCACUCUGGUGCUCACGCAGAGCGCCGUGCCGACUCGACAAUCGACAGCGCAGGUUCGUCACACCAGCCUCAAUCCACGACGGCUGAACCCUCGCAACCUAUCGUUCAAGAGGUGGCACAACCCGCUAACGCUAAGAAGGGGAAGAAGAGGGCACGAGCACCUGCAAUGGGAUUGGCAACAGGGACAGCUGCAGCGGAGAUGGCGGCAGUGCCUACUGCAACGGAGAUGGCGGCGGCAGUGCCUGCUGCAACGGAGAUGGCGGCGGCAGUGCCUGCAGCAACUCGCAGGAGGGGACGUCGGUACAAGUCUAAGAAAAAGCGAACGCGACAACGUCGCAACCUGCACAAAAACCUAAACGCGCAGCAUCUGCCCAUGUCCUGCCAUAAUCUCGUCGAGGUUCUGGCUCUCGUCAGGGUAUUGGCUUCCCUCAAGGGCUUGAGUGAACACUUGCCCAAACUCGAUUCCGCGAGCGCCGAUUCAGUCCUCUUGUUAUUUCGGUACAGUCUGAUUUCGAUGGGGGGAAUGGCGGUCAAAUCGAAGUCGUCCCCAUGGUGCAUGUACGAGCCGGUGGACCAGAGCAAUCCGUUGGUGUCCGAUGAAUCGAGCUCGACGACUUCGGUCCGAUCCACAGAAUGGUUGACGGAGAAGCGCGGAUGUGGAGGUCAAAAGACCAGGGUUGGGCAACGAAGGAUAAAGUGGAGGCUCUCGGCAAGGAUGGGGAAGGGGAAGGAGGAAUGGUGCGGUUACUAUGGACAAUGUAAGAAAGGGUUCAGAAACACUAAUCAGAAACACUACAAUAACAAGAAACCCUAUCUAUAA